AUGCCAUCCCUGGCUAGGGCUGCCUUUUUUUUCCCCGCUUGUCGUCAGUUGCAAGAUUGGCUGCAGCUGGCCCGAUACGUCUGGCCGACGAAGCUGGCGGAACAUCGCCUCUACCUGGUCAAUCUCAUUGCGUCAGGGCAAGGAGGAGUGGUUUUGGGUGUGACGUUGGCAUUAUUGUCGAUCAUUAGAGCAGAACCCACACACAGCCCACUGGCGCGCGGUGGGAGAACUACACAGUACGGAGGUCUGCCUAAGCAGAAACGGGAUUACGGAAGUCGUACCCUCGAUUCGAGUCGGUUGCUGUAUCUAUCGAAUGCCGCCAUGUUUGAGAAUUGA